AUAAAAUUUUGUAAUUUAUUUUGGUUAAUUCGGCGCCAAAAUUCAAAAGAAAAUUAGCGCGAGAAAUUUUCAAGUCAAACCCCCUCGGAUAAUUUCUAAAUUUGAUAACGUUAAGCAUUCAUUGGAGAACGAAUCUUUAAUUUUAAUUCAUAUUUAUAUUAUAAUGCUUUUGUUUUCAGCGUUAAAAAUGAAACAAUUAAAAAGUAAAGAAUUUGGUUAAUUUAUUUUUAAUAGAGUUUCCAAACAGAGAUCAAUAAUGUUACUAAGUUUUUCUAGCAGUUUUUAGACGAGUUUUUUAAAUGAUUUUUAUACUGUAAAAUUCGAGGUAAAAUUAGUAAAGUCCUUUUAUAACAGUUUAAUGGAUUUUAAAAGACAUACAUGAAAAAAUAGAUUUCACAGCUUUUGAUAUGUAAUUCACAAUAAUUCUAAACUUUAUAAUAUUAAAUUGAAUGCAAUUUUUAAAUAUUUCUAAACUAUUAUUGAUUUGAAAAUAUCUUAAUUAGAAAUUUAUUUAUUUUUAUUUGGUCUACUUGUCUACUUAAUAUAUAAAACUUUUUUUUAAUUUUACAUUUAUGAACAAUUAAAUAUAUUUUGCCGCGAUAAUGAAUCUAAGCGUAAAACAGAAUGAUUGAUUUGAUUUUAUUUAUAAAAUCAAAACCAUCUAAUGAAAUAUAAUCACUAUUCAAUUCUAUUUUGAGAGAUAUUUCUGAUAAUAAAUUAUGUAAUAUAUUAACUAGUAAAAAUAAUAUACAAAAUUACGUUCGCCAAACCUUUUUUCGGUGAUUUUUAAAAGGAAAAAGAAGCAUAGAAAAUUAGUAAGAAAGUUUUAUGUACCACCUAGCUAGAUUUAGGGUAAGUGUACCAAAUUCCGGCCAUAUUUUUAUUCCUCAAAUAUCCAUGAAUUUUUAGUUUUUGCAUAUUAUAGAGAUUAUACUAUGCAAUAAAUUAACAAAAAUGUAGCUUCGAUAAACGAGAUGUUAAAAAUACUUUGGAAGGAUUCCGGAAGGGCAAGGAACUAUGAGAAUGAAGGUGGCCGAAAUAGGCCACCAAAGCUAUGUCUACAUUUUUAUUCAUUUUAAAAUGUAUUAAGAAUGAUUCUAGAGAAAAUAAAGAUGAUAAACUGUCCGCAAGGUUCCAAGCAACACUUCUUAUAAAAUUGAAGAAAUUUAAAUUCUUCUUAAAUUUUCCUUAAGAAAAAUUAACAAAAAAUCAAUUUAUAUGAAAAAUAUUACAUUUUGAACUUGUGACUUUGGCGCUUGCAUGCAACUAUGCCGAAAUUUGGCACACUUACCCUAUGUUUCAUCUAGAAACAUUUUUUCUAAUAUUUUUUAUUAAGAAUAAUCUAAGAACAUCGUGAUAACAUGCGAUCUCACUACAUGUUUACAGUUAACUAGUAGAUUUACUCUAUUUUUUUUCACAAGUCAAAAAUAUUAUAUUCAUUUAAUAUUGUACUCCUGUAAUUUAUUGGCACCAAGAAAUGAGCAGUAUAAAUCGAAUUUUGUCAGCAAAAAAAUCGAAAUGGGCAGUAAAGAAUAAAAAAUGAUUUGUGAAAAAUUAAAUAAAAGAAGAGUAAAAAGUUAAAAAAAGGUCUUUACUGCUAAUUGAUAUUAAAUUGAUAUUAAUUGAUAUUAAAAUUGAUUUUUUCUUCAUUUUAUUUUAAUACUAAAAUCCCUUCAAAUGUGAAUUCCUGUUGCCUUCUAUUUUGGAACUUAAAAAUCAUGUUGACUAAAAUAUACUUAGAAUUGACUAAUUAACACUAAACCUAUCAAGACUAGCCAACUAGACCGGUUUAAAAAGUGUUUAAAAUUAACACGUAUUUAAACGAUACAAAUGUCGCUAUCCAACUUUAUGAUUUUUUACCGUGGUCUAUCAUUUGACCGAGCGCGAUAGUAAAACUACCAAAAACGAUCGGUAGGUUUAGUGUUAAAGAUAAAACGUGGACAGCAUACGAAUUGCUCAACUAAUGGUCAACUGAUUUUCUUUAUAUUUUUAUCCAUAAAUUUAAUUUUAAGUCUUAAAAUAUACUUUCUCGGUUCCGAAACAUAUAGUACAUAUUUGUAUGAAAACAUGUACGACUUUUUUCGGACCAGGAGGGUGUAUACGUAUACUUUUUAAUUUGCCCAUUGUAUGACUUAAAAACCAUUUUCCCUAUGGUUACAAGAAAAACUUUUUUUAUAACUCUAAUUAAAAAAAACCCUUGGAGUACCAUCAAAUUAUAGUUUUAACAAAGUAAUUUAAAUGUAGGAAUAUUUCCUAUUAAAAAUAAUGAAAUCUUUCAAAAAAAAACAAUUUUUGGAAAACUACUACAAUUGCAAUUUAGGACAGUAUAAUUAUUUCCGAAAAUACAAAUAAAAUCUAAAAACUAAACUACUAAACUUAUUGAAAACAACUUAUUCCUUUUCUUUAUCUUAACAUUUUUACACAUAUAUCUUUGAUUAUUUGUGUGUUAAAUUAUCUUUGUAACUUAGCGUUUUAUUGCAUGAAUUACAAACUGAAUGAAUAUGCAUAUGAAUAUGCUUGAAUGCAGAAUUGCUUACAGAAAUAUAAUUUCACAUUUUUAAAAAUCUACUGUCAUUCGUAAUUAUUGUUUUAUGAGAAAUGUUAAUGCUCUUUUUAACUUUAAUAAAAAAAAUAUUUUUCUUUUAUGAUUUUUUACAUUUUUUGUGAUUUCAGUAUUUUUCUUAUUCUAGUCUUAUAUCUAACUUAAAUAAUAAUCCUUAUAUUAUCAAUUGGUGAUAUAGUGGAACCUCCUCUUUUCUUAGCAAUGAUCUCCUCCUGAAAAUAAAUCAAUGGCAACUUAUUAAUGUUAAGAAGAGUAAGAAAAUAUUUUGAAAUAUCCUUUCGCAAUGAAUUCUCAAGGCGACGUCUGAUUGUUUUUAUUAACUGAGAAUAGUUCUAUUCUGCGCACCAAGCGAUCUCGUGAAUUUUGGCUGUGGGCCAAGCAUGAGUGACGCGAUCGCGAUUUUUAUGUUUCAUUGUCAAGUAGAGGAGAGAUCUCCUCGUGCAACUAUUCCAUGUGGCCCCUUUUCAAAAUUAUUUUGUGUAUGCGGGUCAGUGUCUAGAUUGACGACCGAAAGGCGAUUCAAAAGUCACCACGCGCGAUCACUAUACUUUGCUCAGUCACUCCCGGGGUAAUCACGUAACUUUGGAAUUCCAUGUGGCAGAUAAGGGGGACAAUUGAGUGUCGCAGAGUGAUAAGCGAACAGAUUCUUCCAUAGAAAUGGAAAUCCAGGUCAAAUGGCGAGAGACAGUGCUACGAAUGAUCAUUGAACUUGGAUUUUCCUUUACCAUAUGAUCGGUCUCUUUCUUACUCUUCCACUCUUGCAAUUUGUCAUUUAUUCGCCGGAAAUGACAGUAUCCAGAUGGCGCAGCACACAUUGCUCACUCUCAUUUUAUCGUUUUACUCGAAGAAAUCUCUCUUUGGACAUGCGCUAAUGCCGGAUUUUUCCUCAGAGAGAUGUCAUGUGAGAGAGAUGGCCAUUGGUUCUUGACGUCAGAGGUCUCAUAUGUAAGCGGUGGUCGUAUACGGCUUCAAUGGGAGCGAAUGUGAUGGAACUAGAGCCGAAGUUUAUCGUCAAUGAUUCACGAGAGAGAACAAAUGAGCUACUGAGAACGAAUGAAAAUUCUAGUUCUUCACUCAUCAUAUCGCGGUCGUUUAGUCAAUACGCGACCCCUUGAGAAGGCGCUCCGCCCCAGUUAAUCACCCCCUCUUAGGCGAUUUGAGACACCGUUUCAGGACACACAGACUCCAUCACACAAAAGAGAAAAAAUGCCCGGACUUUCGGAUCCAGUUGCUUUUCUCAAGGAUUUCGCCGCCGGAGGUAUCUCCGCGGCGGUUUCCAAGACCGCUGUCGCCCCCAUUGAGCGUGUGAAGCUCCUUCUGCAGGUGCAGCACAUCUCCAAACAAAUUGCUCCAGAACAGCGGUAUAAGGGUAUGGUGGACUGCUUCGUGCGAAUCCCACGCGAACAGGGUGUCCUUGCCUACUGGCGUGGUAAUAUGGCCAAUGUGAUCCGUUAUUUCCCAACUCAGGCGCUCAACUUCGCCUUCAAGGACAAGUACAAGCAGGUGUUCUUGGGCGGUGUGGACAAACACACCCAAUUCUGGAGGUACUUCGUGGGUAACUUGGCUUCUGGCGGUAUGGCUGGUGCCACUUCCCUCUGCUUCGUGUACCCCCUUGAUUUCGCCCGUACCCGUUUGGCCGCUGAUAUUGGCAAGAGCGGUGGUGAGCGUGAGUUCACUGGUUUGGGCAAUUGCUUGACCAAGAUCUUCAAGGCUGACGGUAUUGUUGGUCUGUACCGUGGAUUUGGCGUAUCUGUCCAGGGUAUCAUCAUCUAUCGUGCUGCCUACUUUGGCUUCUACGACACUGCCCGUGGCAUGUUGCCUGAUCCUAAGAAGACACCUCUUUACAUUAAUUGGGCCAUCGCUCAGGUUGUCACAACAGUUGCCGGUAUUGUGUCAUAUCCAUUUGACACUGUGCGUCGUCGUAUGAUGAUGCAGUCUGGACGCAAGAAGACGGAGAUUGUCUACAAGAACACACUGCAUUGCUGGGCUACAAUUGCCAAGACAGAAGGUGGCAGUGCUUUCUUCAAGGGCGCCUUCUCCAACGUCCUCCGUGGCACUGGCGGUGCCUUUGUGCUCGUCUUGUACGAUGAAAUUAAGAAAUUCCUGUAAUUUAACUUAUUUUAUUUAUCAACCGCCAAUAAAGCUACGGAGUUAAAAAAGUACACCGAUUUCCGAAUCACUAUAUAGAUACAACAAUUAAAAAAAAAAAACUAAGCAAAUUUAAUCCGCAAGACGUAGCUUUGUGAGCCACGGUCUCGUGGAUAUAUACGGAUGAUAGAAAAAAAAUAAUGAAGCAACAAAAUUUCAAGCAAAUAGGCGAAUGAUAAAGUAUUACGGGAGAGAAAAUGUGGGAGUUUUUUUUUUUCUUUUCUUCUGACAACACCCGAAGGAGAUUAAGUACAUUUAACUGAAGAAAAAAAAAAUGUGUAGCGAAUAAACAAAAUACUAAAAAUGAAAAAUAUUGAAAGUUUAAGUGUUUUCUCUCGGUAGAAAGAUUCUCAUGAUUUUUUUUUGUGACUCUUAGGAUCAAAUUUUAUCAUUUGUAUAUAUUUAAUUGCGUCGCACAGACUGUUCGCGCCAGUUGAGGAAAUUUCUUUAUGGAAAAUUGCAGAGGAGAAAUAAAUGGAGAGAAAGUUAA